AUGAAUCCCUUAACAAAUGUGAAAAAUGUCAUUAAACUAAGCGAACAUGAACUGCAGAACAAUGCCACCGGCAAGGCCUCAUGGCAUGACAUGUAUCGGGAUUCGGCAUGGAUAUUUGUUGGUGGCUUCCCCUACACUCUGACGGAGGGUGAUUUGAUAUGUGUCUUCUCACAGUAUGGUGAAAUUGUUAACAUCCAUUUAGUGCGUGACAAAGAGACGGGUAAAUCGAAAGGCUUCUGUUUCAUCUGCUAUGAAGAUACCCGUUCCACAAUAUUGGCCGUGGACAAUUUGAAUGGUAUUAAAAUAUUAAAUCGCACCAUACGAGUGGAUCAUGUGAUGGAUUAUAAACCGCCCAAAGAUGAUAAAUCCGAUGGUACAUUGGAGACAUGUGCGCCGCUGCCACAGGUCUAUGCGGGCAAUAUCAAGGGGGAGGAUGAUAAAAAGUCGUCGUCAUCUUCAUCGGAUAGGAAAAAGAGAAAAUAA